AUGUCGUCGAUGCGGAAUGCCGUCCAACGGCGCAACCACAAAGAGCGCGCCCAGCCCGUCGAACGCGAAAAAUGGGGUCUCCUCGAGAAACGCAAAGACUACAAGCUGCGGGCUGCGGACCACAAGCAGAAGAAGGCCAAGCUCAAGGUCCUGAGCGAAAAGGCUCGAGACCGGAAUCCGGAUGAGUUUUCCUUCAAGAUGAUGUCGUCGCAAGUGGACAAGUCGGGGAAACGGGUGGCGGAUCGGGGCAACAAGGCGCUGAGUAUGGAGGUGGUGAAGCUGUUGAAGACGCAGGAUGCGGGAUACAUUCGCACCAUGCUGCAGCAGACGCGCAAGGAGAGGGAGGAGGUGGAGCAGAGGCUGAUUAUGGAGGAACAGGGCGAGGUGCGCGCUGUGAGGGAUGGAGAGAGGGCAAGGCACGGCAAGCACAGGGUGUUUGUGGAGAACGAGGAAGAACAAGACGAGUUUGAACCAGACACUUGGUUCGGACGCGGCGAGGAUAUCCCCACUCGCAAUGAGUCGCCCACUUUCGGAGACCUUCAAGACGAGUUAUCGGACGACGAAGACGAUGAGCAGCCUAUCCAACGGCCGAACACGUUAUCGAAGAAGCAGAUGGAAGCGCAAGAACAGGCACGCAGAGAAGCGAGGAAGUUUAGGAAGGACAGAGAGCGGGCACAAGAACGGCACAUGUCAAGGCUGCGGGCGCUCAAGAAGCGCGAGAGCGAACUUGUAGCCGCCGAAGAGGAACUAGAGCUCCAGCGCGCAAAGAUGAACAACACAGUCGGCGGCGUCAACAAAAACGGCGUCAAAUUCAAGGUCCGGGAGCGCAAGCGCUGA